AUGACAGUGGUGGCAACGGCCCCAGACGCUCGCUGCCCGGGAGGUCGACGGCGGACAGUCCCCCCGCCUCCAGCGAGGAACCAGGGAGGGGGGCGGGGAAGAGCGCGGGGCGGCCGGGGGUCCCCACUGUCCCCCGGGGCCCCUCGCCGCGGAGCCCUUCUGCGCCCUCCCCCCAACGAGCCUGCGGCCCCACCCGCCGCCUCUCGGCCCGGCCACCCGGUCCGCACGCCGCUCGGCCCGCCUCACCGGCCUCACCCGCCGCCGAUCGGUCCGCCCUGCCUGCCCGCCGAGGCAGACGACCCGCCCACCUCGCCGGCCCGGCGGUGCCGCCUCACCUGCCGGUCCCGCCGCCGCCGCCGCCGCCGCCGAUGCGCCCGCCUCUCCCGCCCUCCGGGCCCGGAGCCCCGCCUGCCGCCGGCGUCCCGGCCGAACGCGGACACAAAGCCGGCGCUGAUUGGCCACGCUCGUCACGUGACCGCAACGCUCCGCCGGCGCCAAUUUCAAACAGCGGAACAAACUGAAAGCCCCAGAGCGGGACCCCACCCCCGGCCCGGGCCCGGGACACCCUCCCCCCCUCCCCUCCCCCGCCGGGACCCCGGGAUUCCCCGCCCCGCAGCCAGGGUCGCGGCCCGGCCCGCAGGUCGGAGCAACGCCGAGCCGCCCGGAGCCGGCGGUGCAGCGAGGUAG